UUGCCCUCCGAAGCAGCCGCUACUACAUCCUCUGCAGCUCGUCGUAUCCUCGUAUCCUCGUAUAUCUCUCCACCCUGACCUCCUCUCCCUCCCUCCCUUCUCUCCUUUUUGAUAUCCUCCGCGAUGGCCUCCACUUCAACUCCGUCGUCUCCGCCGCCUUUAUCUCCUGCUCGCUCUCCCUUCUCUCACCCCGCCCCGCCCCGCCAUUCUCCUUUUCUCCGUGCUCCGCCGCCCACCUCCUUUUGUCUGCAACACUAUGAUGCGCUCCCUCCUCGCUUUCCGCUCAUCCGCCUCACUCUUCAGCUUCCACCAGAUGCACCUCUCCUCUCUCCCUUCCAAUCACCAUACCUUCCCUCUCAUCCUGAAAUCCCUCUCCAUCCUCCGUUUCCUCCAUUCUGGCUUCUCUCUCUACUCCCACGUCCUCAAGCUCGGCCACCUCUCAGACUCCUACAUCUCUUCCUCCCUUCUCCAUUUUUAUGCUGUAUGCUCUGACUCCAAUUUUGCCGUCCACCUGUUCGACGAUUUUCCUUUGAAAGGGGUAGUUGCUUGGUUCACCCUCAUCGCCGGCCUUGCCAAGGAGGACCGCCCGGAAGAUGCUCUGCUCGUUUUCGAGUGAAUGCACUUCGUUGGAGUCACGCCCAACCGCGUCACCAUGGUGAGUACACUCGCUGCUUGUGCUGCCCAUGGCGCCUCCCUUGAUUUCGGUCAGUGGAUUCACCGCCAAGCGACCCAUGCAGGUUGGGAUCUUGACGUCGUUCUCAUUACGGCUCUCGUCGACAUGUAUUGCAAAUACGGCUGCAUCAAUGCCGGUUUCGAUGUGUUCUUGAGAAUGCCUCAGCGGAGUUUGUCCACUUGGAAUUCAUUGAUUCAAGGCUUUUCCUUUUCAAAAGGAGGGGCAAUGGCGCUAAAAUGGUUCUUAAGGAUGGAGGAGGAAGGUGUGAGAUCUGAUGCUGUUACCCUUGUUGGAGUCCUCACAGCUUGUAGCCAUUCGGGGUUUUUUUUUUUUUUUUCCAUUCGGGGUUGGUAGAGCCUGGGCGGAGGAUAUUUGGCAUGGUUGUUUGAGGUAAGUUUGGGUUUAAAACAGGGAUCAAACAUUAUGGGUGUAUGGUGGAUCUUUAUGGAAAGGCAGGGUUACUUGAUGCGGCUGUAGAAUGCAUUCAAAUGAUGUCGUUUGAGCCUAAUGUUGUCAUCUAUGGAUCCUUGUUGUCUGGUUCGCGAGCAAGAAAGGAGAUGCAUUUGAGCGAAUUUGCUGUAAGGAGAUUAGUAGAGAUACAGCCUAAAAAUGCUGCACAUUAUGUGCUGUUAUCAAAUCUCUAUGUGGAGAUGGGGAUGUGGAAGGAGGCUGAGGAGGUGAGGAGGUCCAUGAGGGAGUUGGAUUUGAGGAAAGAGUCUGGUUGGUCUUUGACAGAGUGGGAUGAUAUGGAAGUAUUUUGAAGAGGUUGUUUAGUAUUUUUGUUACCAUACGAGGAAUGGAAAUUGCUGGUUUCCAGAAGCUGAGGACUGCAUUGUAUUUACGUAAGGUUCUUCGGGCUUUAGAAGGAGGUGUUCCCCUUGAAGAACUGAAUGAAGGCAUGCAACCAGGCCAUAGCAGAAUGCAUGACUCCUAUACUACUAAUGCUAGUUCUGAUUACGAUUCUCAAAUGUACAAUGAAGCAAUGCAGAAGUUCAAAACAUUAGCAUUGCGAAGUCAAGUAAAUUCAAGUGCGAGUACAGUGGAACAACCAGUGGAAUAUGGUCUUGCUCCCUCUGUAACGAGCAGUGAAGGCCAGAACACACGUGAAAUGGAGAUGAGAGUAAUGAAGAACUUUCAUAGCUAUAGCAGUAGCUAGCCGUUAAGACUGAACUAGGUUUCAUUGAAGAGCCUUGCAUCCCUUGUGACUUUCGGAAGUGUUAAGCGAGAGGAUAUCAACAUUUGGGUGCUCUGUACAAUCUAUACGCAAUUAUUUUGGUGAAAAAUUGAACAACCAACAAUAUAAUUCAUUUACACGUAAA